CCUAUCUCAUUCUACCCCCACAUCCAACCUCAAAUCGCAUAAAAAAAAAGCGAAAGUAAGGCUUAUCCAAUAUGAACUCACUAAUUCCAGACCUUCCCGAAGAAAUCGGCUUGGAGUGUCUCAUCCGUGUACCCCACCAAUCCCUCCCUCUUCUCCGGCGAGUCUGCCGCCGUUGGAAAGAAACCACUGAAUCCCCCCUCUUCCACCACCUCCGCCGCUCCGCCAACUCCUCCCGCCACCUCAUCGUCCUUUCUCAACUCCACCCUUCACCCUCUCCCUCCUCCGGACCCUCUUUCAAGUACUCCCCCUGCCCCCCUUCCUUCCGCCUCUCCGCCCUCCACCUCUCCUCCGGCAACUGGUCCACUCUCCCUCUAACUCCCUUCUUCCCCCGCGGCCUCCCCUUUUUCUGCGGCCUCGCCGCCUCCGGUCUCCAUCUCGUCAUCAUCGGCGGCUGGGAGCCCGACACCUUCGCUCCCUCCAACGCCGUCUACAUCUACAGCUUCCUCUCCGCCACCUGGCGCCGCGGCAACCCCAUGCCAGGCCCCUCCCGUUCCUUCUUUGCCUGCUCCGCCGGCCCAACCAACCAUGUAUUCGUCGCCGGAGGCCACGACGAGGAGAAGAAUGCUCUGAAAUCGGCCAUGGUUUACGAUAUCGCAAAAGACGAGUGGACGAUGUUGCCGGAGAUGGCGAGAGAGCGAGAUGAGUGCACGGGAGUUUUCGAUGCUAAAGGCGGGAUUUUUCGGGUGGUCGGCGGUUACCCCACCUUGAUGCAGGGGAGAUUUGAACGGAGCGCAGAGGUGUUUGAUUUGGCGGAGUGGCGGUGGGGAGCGGUGGAGGAGGAAGCGGUGCCGGAGGGAGACUGUUCGAAUACGUGCGUGGUGGGAGGAGAUGGGAGAAUCUAUGCCUGCGGAGGAGGGAAGAAGGCGGUGUUGGUGAAGCAAGGGGAUGAGUGGAGGGAGAUGGCGGAGUUGCCGGAGGAUGUUAGGGUUGCCACAAAGAUGGUGGCUUUGGUUGGACGGUUGAUGGUGGUGGGGAGUAGGUGUUCCGGCGGGGCUCAGGCGGCGUAUGUGUUGGAGAUGAAACAGGGGGUGGCGGCUGGGUGGCGGGCGGUGGAGAUUCCGAAAGAAUAUUCCGGCCAUGUUCUGAAUGCUUGCUGUGUUGAUUUCUAAGGACGCAAUCAAUAUUAACUGCGUCGUGCUUAAAAAGCUUCAGGUUUCUGAUUUAUGGUUCUGAUUUUGUUUAUAGGGAAAUGGUCUGUUCUACCAAUUUUGAGUAAAAUUACUUUUUAUUUUUGUAA